AUGGAAACUGUAGAAAUGAACAGUGUAUCCUUGAAACGUCCUCGCUCUGAGGAUGAUGUGGCUAAUGCAGAUGAAAUUAAAAGACAGAAGAUCUCAGAGAAGUCUAAGACAAAGAAUGACUCUGGGCAGAGCGUUGAGACUGUAACAGAGCAACCUGACAAAUCUCUACUUGAGGACACGAAAAAUGAAAUAAUCCCCAAUGAGGAAAGUGAGGAGCAGGAAGAUGAGGAACUAGAGGACAGUGAUGAAGAUGGAGAUCCAGAGAGCUUUGCAGACAUGAUGAAGCAUGGACUGACAGAAAGUGAUGUUGGCAUAACUAAAUUUGUUAGCUCUCAUAAAGGAUUUUCUGGAAUCUUAAAAGAGAGAUACUCAGACUUUGUUGUCCAUGAAAUAGGCAAAGAUGGACGUGUGAGCCAUUUAGAUGACUUUUCUGUUCCAGUGGAUGAUGAGGACCCAUCAGAAGAAACAUUUACAGUUUUGUCAGAUGAAGACAAGCAGCGUUUAGAGGAGCUCCAGCUUCUUAAGAAUAAGGAAACUAGUGUUGCCAUAGAGGUGAUUGAAGACACCAAAGAAAAAAGAACAGUUAUCCAUCAGGCUGUGAAGUCCUUGUUUCCUGGACUGGAGACUAAAACAGAAGAUCGAGAUGGAAAAAAAUACAUUAUUGCUUAUCAUGCUGCUGGGAAAAAAGCACUGGCAAAUCCAAGAAAACACUCUUGGCCAAAAUCUAGGGGAAGCUACUGCCACUUUGUACUAUACAAGGAGAACAAGGAUACUAUGGACGCCAUUAAUGUCCUGUCCAAAUUUUUAAGAGUGAAGCCAAACAUAUUUUCCUAUAUGGGAACAAAAGAUAAAAGGGCUAUAACAGUUCAAGAGAUCGCUGUUCUGAGAAUCACUGCACAAAGACUUGCUCAUUUGAAUAAAUGUUUGAUGAACUUCAAAUUAGGAAAUUUCAGUUACAAAAACCAUCCACUGAAAUUAGGAGAACUGCAAGGGAACCAUUUCACUGUUGUUCUCAGAAACAUAACAGGAACUGAUGACCAGAUAGAGCAAGCAAUGCACUCUCUCAGGGAAAUUGGAUUCAUUAAUUAUUAUGGAAUGCAAAGAUUUGGAACCACAGCUGUUCCUACAUAUCAAAUUGGCAGAGCUAUUCUACAGAACAAUUGGAAUGAAGUAAUGGAUUUGAUACUAAAACCACGACCAGGAGCUGAAAAGGGAUACUUAGUAAAAUGCAGAGAAGAAUGGGCAAAGACUAAAGAUCCAGCAGCAGCCCUCAAGAAACUGCCUGUAAAAAGGUGCGUGGAAGGACAGCUUCUACGCGGACUCUUAAAGUAUGGAAUGAAGAACAUAAUCUCUGCAUUUGGCAUAAUACCAAGAAAUAAUCGUUUAAUGUAUAUUCAUAGCUACCAGAGUUAUGUGUGGAAUAAUAUGGUGAGCAAAAGAAUAGAAGAAUACGGGCUUAGAGCUGUACCAGGAGAUCUCACACUUAAAGGAGCCACAGCUGUUCAUAUCGAAGAAGGAGAUGUUGAUAACUACACUAUCCAUGAUGUAGUGAUGCCAUUGCCUGGAUUUGAUGUUAUUUAUCCAAAGCAUAAAAUUGGCGAGGCCUACAAGGAAAUGCUGGUGGCUGACAAUCUUGACAUCAACAACAUGAGGCAUAAGAUCAGAGAUUAUUCACUUUCUGGAGCAUACAGAAAGAUUAUCAUUCGACCUCAGAAUGUCAAUUGGGAGGUUGUUGCAUAUGAUGAUCCCAGAAUCCCGUUAUUUAGUACGGAUUUGGAUAAGCUGGAAGGAAAGCCACUACCAGUUCUUCCUACAGAUGGUAAAUUCAGGGCUCUAAAGAUGGAGUUCUCCCUUCCCCCAUCCACUUAUGCUACCAUGGCGAUUCGAGAAGUUUUGAAAAUGGACACAAGCAUAAAAAACCAGACACAACUGAAUACUACCUGGUUGCGCUGAAUGAACUGCAAAAGUGACUUAGAUUUUAACAUAUAUAAAGUGUUUUCCUAUUUACAUGUUCUGUACAAAUCUUUAAAGACUGGUAGUAAGAGAUUUGUAUUUUUUUAAGUUUUUAUUAGUGCUAGCAUUUAACUUCAGUAGUCAUUUGCAAGAUGGUGGUUGUUAUAUAAUUUAGAUCUUAGUGACUGGUGGUUUUUAAUGAAUAAGUUGCUUGAGCUGUAAUGUGGGUGCAUCUUUAAGAAAUGGGCUUACAAUAAUUUCAGACCUGGAAGAAUGUUUAGCUUGCCUUUUUUUUUUGGCAAGCACUGAAUGUUUUAAUGAGUUCAGCACACCGUGAAGUCUCUUCAAAUACAGCAAAUUACAGCUUAGGAAAAUGGGUUACAACAAAAUUAAGAUA